UUUAUCAACGUGUUGCGACAUGCCUCCACUCCAACCAUCGUCUACUAGCCUCGACCACAGCCAGCCUUCAUCAUCAGUCAUGGGUCUUGUGGAAGAUACUUAUGACACCUUUCAUGACAUCCUGCAAGAGUCUAAGAUAUUCCGAACCCUUGUCCUUGGCCGUCAAGAGCAUCAUCAUGAUCGAUAUCGUCAACACCAGCAACCCUACCUCUUCCUACCACUACACUAUGAUACUCCCCAAAGCCCAUCCCUACUGCAUCACUCUUUGCUACCCAUCGACACGUUCGAUCAGCGACCAAGCAAGUAUCCGCGUUUAGCAGGAUCGUAUUGUGCUCAGCUCGAGAACUAUGACAACCUCCCAGCUGAAUACCUCCCCUUGGUGGAAGAUUCGCCUGAGGUGUUAAUGCCGGAUAGCCCCCAACUAUGUUGCCUCAACGAUGAUCUAUCGGACGUGUCAGAGUUGCUAUUGCCUCCGGUUUGCCAAGAUACUCCUCGCACACAGCGAAGAAGUGGCCUCCGGAAGGUGGUGGACCGGAGACGGCUGGUAGAUAGGAGGAAAAGGAUGAUAAGAAGCUUUGGGUUGGCGGAGGUCAGUAGAGGACCUGAGGAGUAUCUUUCUGGUAUCAAGCGACCAGCGCACAGUGAAGAUUCUUAUUAGAUGCUGUCCGGUUUGAUUCCUUGAUCACUGCCUCUCGGCCAACACAAUGCAGAGGCGUUCGCUUCCUGACUGCUUCUGUAUUAAAGAUAUGAUAUCUCCGGCGCGCACGCGGAAGAUUUACCACUUUCCGGUUUGUAGUAGUGACAGGUUUGUGCCGCACUGUACGUCAACAACGUUUCCAA